AUGAAGUCGUUGAACACACUCUUUCUUUUGGUGGGUCUCGCUUUUACGGCGGUGUCGUCCUUGUCCCUCGAGGCGUACAGCAGAAAUGACUUCCCUACAGCUCCAGGCUUCGUCUUCGGCUCUGGCACAUCAGCUUAUCAGGUGGAAGGAGCUGCUGACGAAGACGGGAGAAGUCCAAGCAUUUGGGAUGUUUUUACUCAUUCAGAUGCAGGACACUCUGGAGGAGCAACUGGAGAUGUUGCAUGUGACCAAUAUCACAAGUACAAGGAAGAUGUGAAGCUCAUGGCAGACGUUGGAUUGGAGGCUUACAGAUUUUCCAUCUCCUGGUCAAGGCUUUUACCAAGUGGAAGGAAACCAGUUAAUCCAAAGGGACUACAAUACUACAACAACCUUAUUGAUGAAUUGGUCACUCAUGGAAUCCAGCCACACGCUACGUUGCACCACUUUGAUCUUCCACAUGCCCUAGAAGAUGAGUAUGGAGGUUGGCUCAGCCCACAGAGCGUGAGAGACUUCACAGCCUAUGCAGAUACUUGCUUCAAGGAGUUUGGAGACAGAGUGUCACACUGGACAACAAUAAACGAGGCCAAUGUGUUUGCACUUGGAGGGUAUGACGAAGGAAUAUCACCGCCUGGUCGAUGCUCUCCUCCUUCUGCAGUCAAUUGCUCCAAAGGAAAUUCUUCCACUGAGCCUUACAUUGCCGUACACAAUAUGCUGCUCGCACACGCCUCUGCCACUAACUUAUACAAGAAACAUUACAAGCACAAGCAACAUGGAUCAGUAGGCAUUAGUGUAUACACAUACGGUGCUUUCCCAUUAACCAACUCUGCAGAGGAUAAACAGGCAGAAUCUAGACUGAAUGACUUCUUCAUCGGUUGGAUAUUACAUCCGCUGGUGUAUGGAGAUUAUCCAGAGACGAUGAAGAGUUUUGUUGGGUCAAGAUUGCCAGCUUUCACAGAGGAGGAGUCAGAGCAAGUUAAGGGCGCAAUAGAUUUCAUAGGAGUGAUCAACUACAUGGCACUUUACGUCAAGGAUAACUCUUCUUCUCCGAAACCAAACCUCCAAGAUUUCAACACUGACAUGGCCGUGGAACUCACCGUCGUUGGAAACACAUCCUUCAAGAAUCAGUAUGCAGACACACCAUGGAGUCUGCAACAAGUACUCUUGUAUAUCAAAGAAGCUUACCGCAACCUUCCCAUCUACGUCGCAGAGAAUGGUCAGAUGACUCCUCGAAUCUCAUCACCACUUGAGGACACAACGAGAGUUGAAUAUCUGAGAUCACACAUAGAAGCAGUGCUUCAUUCACUCAGGAAAGGAGCGAACGUAAAAGGAUAUUUUCAGUGGUCGCUGAUGGAUUUGUUUGAGAUAUUUGGUGGGUACGAGAUGAGCUAUGGAUUAUAUUACGUGGACUUCAAGGAUCCUUUUCUUACGAGAUACCCUAAACUCUCUGCUCAUUGGUACUCUUCUUUCCUCAACGGAACACUUCACCAUCGAUCGUAUGCUUCAUCUUCAGCUCUCUGA